ACAUCUGUAAGAAGUUGUAAGAAUUGUGCUGUUGUUGCAAAAUUUAGUUUUUUGUAUUUGUUAUUUUUUAACUGUCAGUGUCAUUUUGUGGAGACAUUUAUUAUUUUGUAUGUGUUAUGUUCAAUUUAGACAUUAUGUUUUCCUAUUCUGUAGCGCACCAAAAACUACCAUCUGGCCAUGCACACUAUUGGACUUUUCACAACUGCAACUUCCUUGAUCGACCUUGAUGAUAUGGUUAAAAAGUGCCGCAGUUGUUUUUGACAGUCCUUCCACUGGGUGAAAAGUGGAAAAGCAUUUCUGAAAUCUGCAACUGUGGAUGCAAAAAUGCAAAGAUGACAUCGAUGUGAAAACUUCGAAUGCAGAGAACCUGGAGUCGACCUGUGAACAUCUGUCAAUAUGGAGGAGACAAGUGACUUUGCUGAGGUCGGACACAGUGAACAAUGCUAUGUCCCAAUAUGAUGAUGUCAGUGAUUUCUUGUAUGGCUGCACAAACACAUUCUGCGGGGACAUGUGGAGCUGACUGAGGUGGAGAGACAGGCUCUGAUGCGUCAGGUGAGGCGAAACUACAUUAUAUACAUGAUCAGAGAUCUCAGGGAAAAACAAGUCAGCCCACUGGUCGUCUCAGACCUCCAGACAGAGGAGCCCAGUGGGGAACAGCAGGCUGGUGACUCUGGACUGGAACCAUCAUGGAAGACGAGGACCAAUGAAGAUUGUCAGGAUUAAGAAGAAGAUUGUGUGGAAGAUGAAGAAACAACGAGCACAUCUUCUGCACCAGCAGUACCAAACCCGGUUCCAGCAAGCUGGCUGGAGCCCCCGGACACAACACCACCGGACAGCCCACUGCCUUCCCAGGCACUUCCUUUGCCAGGACCAGUGGUCUCCUUUCUGGGGGGCUUCAGGAGGUUCUACAUGGGUGGAUGUCCAAACCACAAACACAAAGAGAAUGUGGUAUCUAAAGCUAACAGUACACAUGUUCUUGGAUUACAUGUCUGAAGGACACCAGCACAAAGAAAAGUGCCUGUUCUUGGAAAAUGUGGAACGCAUACAGAGAUGGCCCGUGGAGCUGGCUAAAGCAAAUAAAUCCAUCACUACAGCCAACAUAUACCUAAAAAACAUUCAUCAGUUCAUGCAGUAUUUCAUGGAGACACCAUCGCCUCUCUGCCGUCUAACAAGGAGGCAGCAGGCUGGUGUGUCCAGAGCCYUGAAGAGCUGCCUCCGUGAUCUGAGCAGGGAAGUGGUCGUGCACCAGAUCUCUGUAAAGGAUGCUAAAGUUUCCAGGGCCAUCAUAAAACACCUAACCACCUGCAAGGAGCUGGCCCGUCUCAAGAUACCAGAGUUGCUGGGCAUGCUGGACAAUGAAGACAUCCCACCUGUGAGGUAWUGGUUUUAUUGUUACACAGCUGCCUUUAUAUCUUCUAUUUAUGGACACAGAACCGGUUUGUUGGCUAACAUGUCGGUGGAGGGGUUGAAGCUGUAAAAAAGGACUCUCCAGAGGGCUGCCACGGUGUUGUUAUCAGUCUCAGAGAGCACAAGACCAACGGUGCAUUUGGGAUGGUCCAGAUCUACCUGACCCGGGAUGAGUUCAUGUGGCUGGACAGAUGGAUGUGCCUUCGAGCUAGACUGGAACCAACAGACAACAGUUUCUUCACGACAGGGACCACAGACAAUGGAAAGACCCUCUUGAGUUUCCUCCAGGUGGCAUGGAAAGAAAUGGGUUUGCCUGGAACACCUACCUUCAUUGAUUUCAGGACAUCAGUUGCCACUCAUGCCAGGAACUUCCACAAUCCAGAGGUGUGCCACAAAUUGUCACAUUUUAUGUGCAAUGACACCUCCACAGCCGACCGGUUCUAUGCCUUGCUCCUUUCAAAAGACCAGUCCAGAACCAUGUGAGGCCUGUUUGAAGAAGCUUGCAGGCCCCACCCMGAGUGAGGCACCAGCAUCCAACUUCAAUAAAAUGAUUUAAAACUUC